UAAAACUCUACAGAGAUGGGUGGAAGUAUGCACUUUCUGUCAGCCCUGCGCUCCAGAGGGAGGAGAAGGAGAGAGAGAGAAAGAGAGAGAGGGGAGAGAGAAUCAAGGGGCCAUCUGUUUUGUCCCUAUCCUACACUUUUAAAAAGUGUUGUCUCCCCUUUGAGCAGACAGGAUGGAGAACGCACACACCAAAGAAACAGCAGAAUGCCUGGCCUACUUCGGCGUGAGCGAGACCACAGGCCUCGCUCCGGAUCAGGUCAAGAAAAGCCAAGCCAAGUACGGAUUCAACGAGCUGCCUGCUGAAGAAGGUAAGAGCAUCUGGGAGCUGGUGGUUGAGCAGUUUGAAGAUCUCUUGGUCAGGAUCCUGCUGUUGGCUGCUUGCAUCUCUUUUGUACUGGCCUGGUUUGAGGAAGGCGAGGAAACUGUCACUGCCUUUGUCGAGCCAUUUGUCAUCCUUCUCAUCCUUAUUGCAAAUGCUGUUGUUGGAGUAUGGCAGGAGCGCAAUGCGGAGAGCGCCAUCGAGGCUCUGAAGGAGUAUGAGCCAGAGAUGGGAAAAGUUUACCGUGCUGACAGAAAGAGCGUACAGAUGAUCAAAGCCAGAGAGAUUGUUCCUGGAGACAUUGUGGAAGUGUCAGUUGGUGACAAAGUCCCUGCUGAUAUCAGAAUCACCGCCAUCCGCUCCACAACUCUGCGUGUGGACCAAUCUAUCCUCACUGGUGAGUCCGUCAGUGUGAUUAAACACACAGAGUCUGUUCCUGACCCCAGGGCUGUCAACCAGGACAAGAAGAACAUGCUUUUCUCCGGCACUAACAUCGCUGCUGGCAAGGCUAUCGGAGUUGUGGUUGCCACCGGCGUCUCCACUGAGAUCGGUAAAAUCCGUGACCAGAUGGCUGCCACUGAGCAAGAGAAGACCCCCUUGCAGCAGAAGCUGGAUGAGUUUGGUGAGCAGCUCUCCAAAGUCAUUUCCCUCAUCUGUGUGGCUGUCUGGCUCAUCAAUAUUGGCCACUUCAACGACCCUGUCCACGGUGGCUCCUGGAUCCGUGGUGCUGUCUACUACUUUAAGAUCGCUGUGGCUCUUGCUGUAGCUGCCAUCCCUGAAGGUCUGCCUGCUGUCAUCACCACCUGCUUGGCUUUGGGAACCCGCCGUAUGGCUAAGAAGAACGCUAUCGUCCGUUCUCUUCCCUCUGUAGAGACUCUGGGCUGCACAUCUGUCAUUUGCUCAGACAAGACCGGCACCCUCACCACCAAUCAGAUGUGUGUUACAAAGAUGUUCGUCAUUGAGAAGGUGGACGGAGACUCUGUGAGUCUUGACCAGUAUGACAUUUCUGGAUCCAAGUACACACCAGAAGGAGAAGUUACAAAGGGUGGACUUCCUGUCAAGUGUAGUCAGUAUGAUGGCCUUGUUGAACUGGCAACCAUCUGCGCCUUAUGUAAUGACUCCUCUCUGGACUACAAUGAGUCUAAAGGAAUCUAUGAGAAAGUGGGUGAAGCUACAGAGACCGCCCUGUGCUGCCUGGUUGAGAAGAUGAAUGUGUUCAACACUGAUGUUCGUGGUCUGUCCAAGGUGGAGAGAGCCAACACAUGCUGCACUGUGGUCAAGCAGCUUAUGAAGAAGGAAUUUACUCUCGAGUUCUCCCGUGACAGGAAGUCCAUGUCCGUCUAUUGCUCCCCUGCAAAGGCCUCCAAGGCCGUUGUUGGAAGCAAGAUGUUUGUCAAGGGUGCUCCCGAGGGUGUGAUUGACAGAUGUGCCUAUGUGCGUGUUGGAACCACCCGUGUGCCCCUGACUGGUCCAGUUAAGGAUAAGAUCAUGGCUGUGAUCAAGGAAUGGGGAACUGGCCGUGAUACCCUGCGCUGCCUUGCACUGGCAACCCGUGACAGCCCUCUGAGAAAGGAAGAGAUGAACCUGGAGGACUCCACCAAGUUUGCAGACUAUGAGACUGAUCUCACAUUCGUGGGUUGCGUUGGUAUGCUGGAUCCUCCUCGUAAAGAGGUUGUUGGAUCCAUUGAGUUGUGCAGGGCUGCUGGUAUCCGUGUGAUCAUGAUCACAGGUGAUAACAAAGGUACCGCUGUGGCUAUCUGCCGCCGUAUUGGCAUCUUUGGUGAUGAUGAGGAUGUGACAGGCCGUGCUUUCACUGGCCGUGAGUUUGAUGACCUGCCACUUGCCCAGCAGAGAGAGGCUGUGCGUAAGGCCUGCUGUUAUGCUCGUGUUGAGCCCUCCCACAAGAGCAAGAUCGUUGAGUUUCUUCAGGGCUUUGAUGAGAUCACUGCCAUGACUGGUGAUGGUGUGAAUGAUGCUCCUGCCCUGAAAAAGGCAGAGAUUGGCAUUGCCAUGGGCUCUGGCACUGCUGUUGCCAAGUCAGCCUCUGAGAUGGUCCUGGCCGACGACAACUUCUCCAGCAUCGUGGCUGCCGUUGAGGAGGGCAGAGCCAUUUACAACAACAUGAAGCAGUUCAUCCGCUACCUCAUCUCCUCCAAUGUCGGAGAGGUCGUGUGUAUCUUCCUGACUGCUGCUCUUGGUCUUCCUGAGGCUCUGAUCCCAGUGCAGCUUCUGUGGGUGAACCUGGUGACUGACGGUCUUCCUGCCACUGCUCUGGGAUUCAACCCCCCUGAUUUGGACAUCAUGGGCAAGGCUCCCCGCUCCCCCAAAGAGCCCCUCAUUUCUGGCUGGCUCUUCUUCAGAUACCUGGCCAUUGGAGGUUAUGUUGGUGCUGCAACUGUCGCUGCUGCUGGCUGGUGGUUCCUUUACUGCGACGAGGGCCCUAUGGUCUCCUUCUACCAGCUGUCCCACUUCAUGCAGUGCACUGCUGAGAACGAGGACUUUGCUGGCAUUGAAUGUGAGGUGUUCGAGGCUGCUCCACCCAUGACAAUGGCUCUGUCUGUUCUGGUCACCAUUGAGAUGUGCAACGCUCUGAACAGCUUAUCCGAGAAUCAGUCUCUGGUGCGUAUGCCUCCAUGGAGCAAUCUGUGGUUGGUGGGAGCCAUGAGUCUCUCCAUGUCUCUUCACUUCAUGAUCAUCUAUGUGGACCCUCUUCCCAUGAUCUUCAAGCUAACCCAUCUCAGCUUUGACCAGUGGAUCGUUGUACUGAAGCUUUCCUUCCCUGUCAUCCUUAUUGACGAGCUGCUUAAGUUUGUUGCCCGUAACUACUUGGAGCAGAAAGAUGAGAAUCUAGUGUCCAAAAAAUGGGACUGAAAAAGCGAAGAAGAAAUGGGCAAAACAGCACUCCAAAGCAGAAAAAUGAAGUUCGCCAGGAGUGAAAACGAAAACCACUGUGAACCAGUGGAAAUCAUCCAUAAAAUCUAAAACCUUAUAAAACAAAAAAAAAAAAAUAUAGAAGUGUGUUAUGUAUAUGUAUUAAGACUUAAUUUA